GGUCACGUGACAGCGAUCGACAUUGGAGAGGUUUGUGGCCACGAGGUUUUAUCGUCCUCAAAAAAUUGUAUAUUUAAUUUCACCGGUUGAAACGUCUACAGUUUUAGUGAAAAUACAGAAAUGCCCUCUAGUAAUCCAUUACCACCAAAAGAAAAUGCCUUAUUUAAGAGAAUUUUGAGGUGUUAUGAACAAAAGCAAUACAAAAAUGGGCUGAAAUUCGCAAAGCAAAUUCUGUCCAAUCCUAAAUACACAGAACAUGGAGAAACUCUUGCUAUGAAAGGACUUACUCUGAACUGCUUAGGACGAAAAGAAGAAGCCUACGAAUACGUUCGUAGAGGUUUAAGAAAUGACUUGCGUUCCCAUGUUUGUUGGCAUGUUUACGGACUUCUACAAAGAUCUGACAAAAAGUAUGACGAGGCAAUCAAAUGUUAUAGAAAUGCUCUCAAGUGGGAGAAGGAUAAUAUUCAGAUCUUGCGAGAUUUGUCACUCUUGCAAAUUCAAAUGCGGGAUUUGGAGGGAUACAGGGAUACUCGAUAUCAACUACUUAUGUUACGGCCAAUACAAAGAGCUUCCUGGAUUGGUUAUGCAAUGUCUUUCCAUCUGUUGGAGGAAUACAAAAAUGCUCUUAGCAUAUUGGAGACCUUUUUGGAGCAGCAGAAGGGAGGCAAUUUUGACUAUGAACACAGUGAACUCAUCCUUUACCAGAACCUCGUGAUCCAAGAAUCCGGCGACCUAAAAGAAGCCCUACAACAUCUAGAAGAUUCACAGGAUCAAAUCGUCGAUAAACUAACUUUGAAAGAAAAGUUUGGCGAAUUGCAUUUAAGCCUGAAGCAGCAUGACAAAGCUGCUGAAUAUUACGAACAGCUCAUCCAAAGAAACCCAGAAAACACGAUAUACUACAAGAAACUGAUAGAAGCGAAACAGUUGACUAAACCAGAAGAAAUUGUUGAUUUUUACGCAAAGUACACGGAAAAGUUUCCACGUGCUAUGCCACCUAGAAGACUGCCACUGAACUAUGCGACCGGAGAGCAGUUCAAACUCCUAGCUGAUAAAUACAUGAGGAAAGCCCUCUCGAAAGGGGUCCCUCCACUGUUUGUCGACAUCAGGAGUACUUACGCGGACCAAAGCAAAGUGGAACUGAUAGAGAAUUUACUGCUGCAAUAUGUUGAAGCUUUAAAGAAAGUAGGUAAAUAUAGCGAGACGGAGGUAAAGAAUGGACCAAAGGAACCAGCAAGUGCAUUACUGUGGGUGUAUUAUUAUUUAGCGCAACAUUAUGACUACCUGAAUCAGACUGAGAAAGCUUUGAGUUAUAUCGAUGCUGCUAUCGAACACACUCCUACGUUGAUUGAGCUGUUUGUUGCCAAGGGACGGAUAUACAAGCAUGCUGGAGAUCCUUAUGAAGCUUAUAAAUGGUUGGACGAAGCCCAAGCACUAGACACCGCAGACCGUUACAUCAAUUCAAAGUGCGCCAAGUACAUGCUGCGCGCGAAUUUCGUCAAAGAAGCAGAAGACACUUGCGGCAAAUUCACAAGAGAGGGCGUUUCUGCCAUGGAGAAUCUCAACGAGAUGCAGUGCAUGUGGUUCCAGACUGAAUGUGCCCUGGCUUUCCAAAGACUCGGGAAGUACGGGGAAUCCUUAAAGAAAUGCCAUGAAGUAGAUAGGCAUUUCUCGGAAAUCAUAGAAGAUCAAUUCGAUUUUCACACCUACUGCAUGAGGAAAAUGACGCUGAGAUCAUACGUAGGUCUUCUCAGGCUAGAAGAUGUUUUGCGUGGUCACCCGUUUUACUUCAAAGCAGCCAAAUGUGCCAUCGAAGUGUACCUGCAUUUGUUCGAUGAACCGCUGAAGGAUGAGAACGCCGAGCAAGAACUCAAUACAG